AUGUCUGCCUGGACUCCUAUCCUACACCCACUUGCACAAGUCUCAGAGGACCUUGAUAACAUAAUCCAGACUUCACUAAAACAACUCUCAAAGCCAUCAUCAUCAUUGACCCGAACAUCUAUCAAAGAGUGGGAGAGACAACUGAGGGAGCGAAUUUGUGGUCAAGAAACAUACUGGCAUUACAUUCAUGAAUGGCUCAGUAAAUGCACUGGUAUGAGAGAAGUGGAAUACUUGCCACAGCCAGAACUUCUCCAGACCUUUCUGGAUGUUAAUUACCUUAUUUUCCAUGGCCAAACACAGGAGGCAACAUUACUCCUUGCAUCGCUACAGAAAAAUAUUGAUGGUCUUAGGUUUGGAGACAAUGGACUUCAGCAGCACCAGAACAACAGGCUUGAAGAUCUUACUGGGGCUAAUUCCAUCAUUAUUGAAGAUCCAGAGGAAGUUGGUGAUGUUGAAUCUUUGGAGGAAAGUGUAUCCACUCCAGCCUUAUCUGAUCAACAAUCCCCUCCAAGAAAAAGAGCUCGAGUUACAAACACCACAUCCACAGACAGCACUCCUCUUACCUUUGAUGCUUUUGAUGCACAACCCAUUCAUGCUCGAGGUGCUAGUAAAUGGAAUCGCCUUUUGAAGGAAAAUUAUGGAUUUUGGGCUAAAAAAUGCUUACAAUGGGUAACCCAACUCAAUGAAGCCUAUGCUGAAAGAAUAAACCAAGAUCUUAAUCCCAUUCAAGCUGAACAGCAUUAUCAGAAUGUUGUGAAUGUUCUAAGGGAGCUGCGCCAAGUGCAAAAAUCAGUUUAUCAAAUGCCUGAAUGGAUUCAGACUGUCAAGGCCUCAAAUCUUCCACAGAGUGUUCAUCAGUGGAGUGAUCCAAGAGGACUAGCCUUGUGGAAAGCAGAUUUUGUCAAAAAACUAUUCCGCAAAAAUCGCAUCUCGGAAACUCUAAGUCUUGUGAUACACUCCUGGAUUCCUAUUGAAGAAAAAAACGCCUGGGAAGAAAGCACAGUUGACUAUCCUGUACUCAAAACAAAACCAACCUGGAGUAAAGUGUCUACAGGAAAAGAGCUUAUCAGAGCUCUUUUGAAAUAUCCUGACAUGAUUCCCAGAGAUGCAUAUCCAUCUUCAGUUUACUCAUUCCUUAAUCUCAGAAACUUCCAAUUUGCAAUCAAAUAUUGGCUAGGUUAUGCACUAGAAGCCAAACAAUAUGAUACAACCUCUCUGACCAACCCAGAUACCAAUGAACAAAUUUAUCGUGAUGCAUUGACACAUAUUCAAAAUAUCAUGCAACACCAAAACAACAACAACAACAAAACCGAUCCCAUUCUGAAACUUAUAUUUCAGCGAACUCUUGAUUUUCUUCAAUUAAGAAAGAAGAUUUCUGGGCAUGUUCUACAAAAUCGACAGGGACUGAAUUCACCUUGCAAAACAUGCAACAAUCUACCAGUGGAAGAACAGUGCAUUCAAACCAUUUAUGUUGAUUCUUCCAAAGUGGUUGAUCCAUCGGUGAUCGGGUGUGGUGUUUCUCUAGCACCUCCUGAGAUUCAACUUGAACCAUUAAAGAACCCACAUGCAAAACCUGGUUCACAACCUAAACCAAUCCUGAAGCCUGAGGAUCCAUGUUUGAAACUUGUCAGAAUUGAGCCUAACCUCCAGAUAAUUGAAAGAUGUGGGCUUCAAGUUUUUCUGAUGUGUGAUAAGACAAGUAAAGAAACGCUUGAUUUUUGGGUACACAAUGCUUUUGACAAAGACACUCUUUGCCAAUUAGUGGACCAUCAUUCCAAGCUUAGCAAUGUGAAAAAAAUCAACCGGGGAAAGAAAUUUGAAUCAUAUAGUAUGGGUAAAAUGAUGGGCCAUGGUUCAAGAGCUGCAAUGGGUGGUGCAUCUGGAGACAGUUACACUUUUUAUGCAGGCAUGGAGGCAAUCACCCAGGAAGAUAUAAAUGCACUCUUCAACUCAGCAGAGGAUUCUAUGGUCAUGUCUGAGAUUGCACGGCUUUUUCAUCAUCCUCUUUACCAGGAGUUAAAGGAAGCCUCAGCUGCUGGAGAUCGACUUGGCACCUCUGGUGCAACACUCUACAGCUGCAAUAACUACACAAGUCCACUGCACUGUGAUGAUGAUGCAACACGCGGUCUCUGUGCACAAUAUCAACUUCAAGCAAUCUCAAAGUUCCUUGUGGUCCUUUGA